AUGAUUGAUUGAUUUCUACGUGAUUGUGGAUUGGAAACAGCUUGUAUGUACUGAUUGUGGAAGUGUUUUUGUUGUUUGUUUGUUUGUUUGUUUGUUUUCAUUAAAUUUGUGUUGUUGUAGUUCCAAUAAUGAAACCCUAGCUAGGUUGGGGACCAUAAACUGCCCCCAUAGCUAUUUAAUUCCUGAGUGUAUUAUUGAAGAGUGUGAGGUGUAGGUGGAGACUAUACAUUUUUAGUUAGCAGUGUAGUUAGUACUAAGUGGUAAUUCCCGAUCGAAGAAUUAAAGCAACAGCUGUUUUGGUAGUGAUUUUUGCUGACAUCUGUGCGGUUAGUUAGGUGAAAAGUCAUUGAAAGCGACAUAUGGGGGACUUGAUUGAUCAUAAUUCAUUUGUGCAAUUAGUUAGGUGGAGAUUUGAGAUCCUCUGAUCUUGUUAUUAAUGGAGUUUAAUCCGGGAUGAAACUGAGCAGGUGAAAAGUCAGUUGGUGCGAAAAUAGAAAGUUGGAGAUAGAUUAUAGAGAAAUGCCAUUUUUUGAUUUGUUCUUGGUGGUGGUGUUGUGUUGUCUGAAAGAAAAGAAAAGUUGGGUUAAGCUUCAGGCAGUCUGUAGAAAUUAGUAAACAGCCUUUUCAGUUAUGCAAACUGCUGAAAGUACGAAGAGAGAGAGAGAGAGAGAGAGAGAGAGAGAGAGAGAGAGAGAGAGAGAGAGAGAGUAAUUUUGUCAGAAACUUUGAAGAAUCAAUGAAGAAAAAGAUAGUCUGACUUUGUGAUAUCGUGGAAUGCUCGGAAAGCGAAUGGAUAAUUAACUGAGAAGCAAAUCUGAUGAGCCAAUAUUCAGAGAUGGACUGGAAUGCAAAAUGGGAUUGGGAGAACAUAGUCAUGUGUGGUUCAAAAUCGAUCGAGAGUUCAAAAAAGUUGCAGUUAGCAGACUGGAUGGUUGUCGACGAUGGAGAAACCGAAGCUGGAUCGUUCAAUCUCUCGGCAGGAUGCGGUAAUAGCGCCGUUUCCGGCUCCGACAGCGGCCGCGUUUAUUCUGCCAAGAGCUCAAUAUCAGCAUCUACCGAUUCCUCCACAAAGGAUGGGCUGCAAACUACCCGCUGUCGAUUUUUCGAGGAAUUUUCUGGCGAAAAAAUGGAGCUGAAAGGGACUAAUUUAUCGAGAGGCGCGGAUUCUUCUAUGGGUUCUGGAGAACAACUGAUUGGCCUCAAGCUUGGCAAGCGAACUUAUUUCGAGAACGGCAAUGUUGGGAGCAAUGUUAAGAACCCGUGUUUUCCUGUGAUGAAUACGUCCGCCAUUUCGAUGAAGAAAAUGAAAUCCGCAGCUCAAAUCCCGUCGGUGCCGCGAUGUGUAGUCGAAGGCUGCAAUACUGAUCUUUCAGCUGCGAAAGAAUAUCACCGAAAACAUCGAGUUUGUGAAAGUCAUUCGAAAUGGCCUAAAGUUAUCGUCGGAGGCCUUGAACGUCGGUUUUGCCAACAGUGCAGCAGGUUCCACAGUUUGGCAGAGUUUGAUGAAAAGAAGCGCAGUUGUCGAAGGCGACUUUCUGAUCAUAACGCGAGGCGUAGAAAACCAAAGCAGGAAACGAUCCAGUUUAAUCCGACUAGGCUGUCAUCGCCGUUCUUUGAAGGGAAGCAUGAGAUGGGUUUCAUGCUGAACAACGCUGCGGCGAUCGAUUAUCAAAGUCCCGUCGGCGCGGUGUGGACAAGGACAUGCAACUCCAAGUUCACCCUUACAAAAGGGUACUCGAACGAAGACGAAGGCGCCAAUAGACAAAUCCACGUUCCCGGGAUCAAACUGCAGCACUAUGCUCCCAUCCCCGUCUACAUGCACGACAAUCCGCCAGAGGUUCUGAACCCAGGUUCGGAGGGGUCUCUGAUGUCGUCGUCGUCGCCGGAAUACAGCCGUGCUCUCUCUCUUCUGUCAACUAGUUUGUGGGGUUCUUGUGGAACUGAUUCCAUUCCGGCGGCGGCAGCGGCAUCGAUGGCGGUGCCGGAAACUCCGGCGGUGAUGAAUGUGGGAACGGUGCCGGAGGGCGGAUUGUGGGCGGCGGGGCACCACCACCGCGGCGGCGGCAAUGGUGGGUAUGAUGAAGAAGAAGACUUGUUCUCUAACAUAUUGAACUGACUUUCAGUUUUUGGGAGAUUUUUAAGGUAUGCUUUUUUUUUUUUAAUCCUAAACUAAACUGAACUAAGUUAUGAAGAUGGUAACUUUGUUGGUUUUUGAAUCUUUUAAGAUAUUAUUAUUGUUAUUAUUAUUAUUACUACGGUGGUUUGUCUUUUUAUUAAUUAGUGUGUCUAAUUUUCUAUCCUUUUUUUUUCAUUUCUUUGUUUAAUAACUGUAGUGUCUACUUAAUAUUACAAAUACCCAAGGUUGUUUGGUUCAUGGAUUUUUUUGUGGGAUUGGGAGCAGGAUUUAUAUGUGAUAUGAUUUAUUAUAUUUAGGAUUUGGAAUCCUAUCAUAUGUUUGGUUGGUAAAAUUAUGUGGGAUUUAUAUUUCUCACGUCUUGUUUGUUUUUUUAUAUGAGCGGAAGGAUUUGA